AUGACCCUCAGUAACCAGCACGAGCUCGCCCACCAGAGGAAUAUGAGAAAGCAGAGUAUAGUACUCAGUUAAGGGAAAGCACCCAGAUGAUGGCUUUCUGCUGCCACCCAGCAGCGGACAGACUCAGAGAUUAUGCAGCAGAAGCAGAAAAAGGCAAAUGAGAGGGAGGAACCCAAGCAGCUUUGUGGCUCCAUGUCUAACCCUCUGGCCCUUGGCCUGUGUGGCUGGAGCCCCCACCGGAGCCCCUCUCCCCCAGGGCCAUUUCUGGGCUGA